GAUGCUUAGGACUCAGUAGAGGGAACCAGCCAGGCAGCACAUCACUGUGGGAGGCGCUGUCCCAGGUGGCCCAGCUCAGCAAUGGCAAUGGGGGUCCCCAGAGUCAUUCUCUUCUGCCUCUUUGGGACUACGCUCUGCCUGACAGGGUCCCAAGCCCUGCAGUGCUACAGCUUUGAGCACACCUAUUUCGGCCCCUUUGACCUCAGAGCCAUGAAGCUGCCCAUCGUCUCUUGUCCCCAUGAGUGCUUUGAGGCCAUCCUGUCUCUGGACACUGGGUAUCGCGCGCCGGUGACCCUGGUGCAGAAGGGCUGCUGGACGGGGCCGCCUACCGGCCGGAUGCAAUCGAACCAGGACGCGCUGCCGCCCGACUACUCGGUGGUGCGCGGCUGCACCACUGACACGUGCAACGCCCACCUCAUGACGCAUGAUGCCCUCCCCAACCUGAGCCAAGCGCCCGACCCACCGACGCUCAGCGGCACCGAGUGCUAUGCCUGUAUCGGGGUUCACCAGGAAGACUGCGCUAUCGGCAGGUCCCGACGGGUCCAGUGUCACCAGGACCAGACCUCCUGCUUCCAGGGCAAUGGCAGAAUGACAGUCGGCAAUUUCUCAGUUCCUGUGUACAUCAGAACCUGCCACCGGCCCUCCUGCACCACCAUGGGCACCACCAGCCCCUGGACAACCAUCGACCUCCAGGGCUCCUGCUGUGAGGGGCACCUCUGCAACACAGAAUCCGUGAUCCAGCCCUUCAACAGUGCUUCAGCCACCACCCCUCCCCUAGCACUGCAGGUCCUGGCCCUGCUCCUCCCAGUCCUCCUGCUGGUGAGGCUCUUGGCAUAGACAGCCCCUCCAGGAUGCUAGGGGCAGGAUUCACUCACCUUCUUCUUGCUGCUUCGGCCCCUAACACGUAGCUCACUGGAAAACGAUGUUAAAACCAGAAUUGCACUCCUGUCCCUCUAGCCCUCCAUCUCUCCCUCCCUCCUGCCCCCCAACCUGGUCAACAGGACUGGAGGGAACUGGACACAAUCACCAGCAUCCCAGGGGAGGAUGAAACAGCCACGUCCUGCCCUGAUGAAGAGCAAUUCCGAUCACAGCUAUUACCCACUAAGCACCAGCCAGGCACCAGGCACCCCGUAACAUGGCUUCCUGUGCUGUCCCUCCAGAGCCUGUCGCAAUUCUAGGAGGGAGCUAUACAAUGAUGUAUUUAUUGGUGUGGCCCAAGAGAGGCCCAAUAUGCAGUAUGCCUUAACAGUUAGUAGGCCAGGCUCUGGAGCUCAGCUGCAUGGGUUCAAAUCCCAGCGCCACCAUUCUGCCUGCAGAGACCAUGGGUGAGUUACUUGAGCUCUCUGUGCCAAUAUUUUCUCACCUAUAAGGUGGAGGUGAAAAUAAACUUUAUAAUGAUGACAAGAACUGUUUCACAGUGGUUGUGGUGAGGAUUUAACGAGAUGAAUCUUUACUCUUGGGACACAGCAGUGGCCCAGUAUAAGUACGCUACUGUCACAGGCCUUAAGUCACAGAUCAGCAAACUGAGAGGUAAACUUGGUUGAGCUUGUGUAUCUAGUGAGUGGUGAAUCAGGAACCAGACUCCCAGCCCCAUGAACCCCUAGGCAACCUCCUCUCCCAAACACAUGAGUGCUGAUUAACUUCACAGAAAAAUACACAAGGCAAAGUUCAGUGAGAUGAAAUUCUCCAAGCUGUGAAGAUCAGGGAAGACUUCCUGGAGAAAUUAACCCUUGAGCAAAAUCCUAAAGGAACAACAGUAGCUGGCAAAAAGAAGCAGGAAGAAGGGCAUUCUAGGUAGAAGAGACAGCCUGGACAAAGGUCUGAGGGAGGAAGGAACACAGGGUGUGCAGGACACUCUCAUAAGUGCAUAAACUUCAUAGAGAUGGGAUCCUUCAGCAUGUUCUCUGUCCACAUGCUUUACCAUGUUCUUUCACAUGCUUUUUGUCACUUGAUCUUUACAGUAACUCAGUGAGGGAAGCAAAAAAGUAAGUUGUAUCCUGCUAUCGUCUCAAUGUUUGUGUCUCCUCAAAAUUCAUCUUUUGAAACCUAAUCACCAAAGUGAUGGUAGUGGGAGGUGGGGCCUUGGGAGGUGGUAAGGUCAUGAGGGUGGAGCCCCCAUGAAUAGGAUUAGUGCCCUUAUAAAAGAGGCUCCAGAGAGCUGCCUUGCCACUUCCAGCGCAUGAGAACACAGCCAGCAGGUGUCAUCUAUAAACAAGAAAGCGAGUCCUCACUAGCCAUGGAAUCUGCUGGUGCAUCGACUGCAGACUCUCCAGACUCCAGAACUGUGAAAAAUAAAUUUCUGUUGUAUAUAAGC